GUUGUACUUUAAUCCUAACAGUCCGUUUUUUAAUUAUAUGCGUUUUGCCCCAUGUGACCUCUGCUGCAUUUUCCAUGGGGGUGCUUCCCCUUCACUUUUUCUUGUACUUUUCCUACUACAUAUACAUAAGUAUAUAGAUAUAUAUAAACACAUGACCCUUCAAAGCUUGUCAACACAAUUAGGACCAGCUUAUUUCAAAGCCUUUUUGGCCUCUCAAAAGCUUCUCUCCUCAAGGUGGUUGGUGGUGGUGAAGUCCAAGUGUUUGAUGAAAUUUCUGAAAUAAUAAUCUCAACUUCCACUUAUUUAAUAGCUAGCACUCUAACAAGUUCAUAUUUAUUGUCUUUGCUCAUUUGGGUUCUUGUUUUUGGUGUGAUUGAUCUAGAUUGAAUUCAAAUGAGGGGGAUGGCUCAAAAUUCGAAUACGAGAAGUGCAGAUUACUUGGAAGGAAUGCUAAAUGAUUAUGUGGGAGGGAAGGUCAAGUUGAAGGCUCAUAAGAGUACUUCUGCUAGGCUUGUAACUGCUCUCACUUGUCUCCAAUUUGCGUUUGCAGUUUAUGCAACAUUCCUCCUUUACUACAUGAGCCCUUCGAUCGACUUACGAACCAAACCAGACUUUGCAUGGGCUACCAAGAUUGCACAGCAAUGGAAACACUAUAUAAUCCAACCCCACAUUCUCAACCACUAUCAAGAAUCCGCUUCUCUUGUUGGAACCGAAAGCCUUCCAAUCACGCCCUCAUUAGUUUGUGAGCACGAAAAGAUUGAUUUCAUGCAGAAGAAGUCCAAUGAUGCUCAGAUGAUCAAGCUCAAGACAGAGCUUUACAAUGAGGUUUUGGACUUCCAGAGCAAAUCCAUCGGCACAGAAACUCUUUCUCAGCUGAUUGCAAUGAAAUCAAAGUGGGAUUUGAAAGGCCCCAACAAGCCAAAAGUCACAGUGAUCCUAAACCACUUCAAGAGAAAAACACUUUGUGCUCAGCUGGACACUUUGCUUCAACAAACCCUUCCUUUCCACCAUGUUUGGGUUCUUUCAUUUGGGAGCCCAAAUGAGCUCUCUUUAAAGAGAAUUGUCGAUAGCUACAACGAUUCGAGGAUAAGCUUCAUAAGUUCAAGCUAUGACUUCAAGUACUAUGGAAGGUUCCAAAUGGCUUUACAAACCGAAGCUGAUCUUGUGUACAUUCUUGACGAUGACAUGAUUCCUGGGAAGAAAAUGCUGCAGAUUUUGUCACAUGUGGCGGGGACGGAGAAGUACAAGAACGCGGUUUUGGGCAGCAUAGGGAGGAUUUUGCCGUUCAGGCAGAAGGAUUUUACCUUUCCAAGCUACAGAAAGUUCAGGUCUAAGGAGGCAGGGCUUUAUUUGCCUGACCCUGCGUAUGAUAUCACACUCGAUAAAAUUGUGCAGGUGGACUUCCUUUCCAGCUCUUGGUUCUUGUCUGCAGAGCUAAUCAAGACACUUUUCACUGAAACACCCUUCACCUUUUCGACCGGCGAAGAUCUGCACCUCAGCUAUCAGCUUCAAAAGUACAGAAAUGGAGGAUCAUUUGUUCUUCCAGUUGACUCAAAUGAUAAGGAAACUUGGGGUGACAGUGAACAUAGACUUGCUUAUGUGUCCGAAACCACUGUAAUUUUCAAAGAUAUCGUUCAAGUCCGAGAUGAUCAAUGGUGGAAAGCACUAUCAACUGGUUACAUCACUCAGUGGGCUGCAAUGUAUCCUCAAAAUAUUGAUGCUCUCUUCUAUGCUCAUUCCGUUGAUGAAGUUAAGGCACUUGCACCCCUUCUUGAGAAAUUCAGGUCUACCGUUGGCAAGAAAGCUUACAUCGCUGUCUCGGGUGGCAACUACUGCGGUUGUGAAGAUGCAGCGACUGCUCUCAAGUGGCCUAAGUUGGUCUGUAAAGAGCGAAGGUUUAAGAUAUUCGAUUUGGCUGUGGGAGCUCUUUCGGGAGUAUCAAACUCGGAGGUGGUUGUGCUUCAAGGAGUGUAUGCUAGCAUGAAAGGAUUGAUCAAAAUUCAUAACCCAAGUGUGGUGAUCACAGUGGCUGACAUUAAUCCUAAUGUGAAGAAAGCAUUGAAAAUGGCAACAGAGACUAAUUUGAAUGCCACCACAUUGGUUCUUUUACCAAGGCCUUCGAUUUCGAAGGUUCUUUGGAUGGCUGAUCUUAGAACAACAGCAUUGCCAAAUUGGAACCGAAUGCGAAUAUCUAUCAACAUCAUCACCCAAAACAGAGUUCACUCACUUACAAGGCUGCUCAAAUCUCUCAGUGAUGCCUACUAUCUUGGUGAUGAGGUACCUAUCAGCUUUAACAUGGACAGUAAAGUGGAUGAGGCAACAAUUAGACUAGUAAGUUCCUUUGACUGGCCUCAUGGCCCGAAAACCCUCAAAAGACGAAUCAUCCAAGGAGGGCUUAUUCGAGCUGUUAGCGAGAGUUGGUACCCUUCAUCUGACGACGAUUUUGGUCUGUUACUUGAGGAUGAUAUCGAAGUCUCUCCUUACUACUACCUAUGGAUCAAAUAUGCCCUCUUAGCCUACCACUAUGACCCCCAAGUGUCCCUCCCAGAGCUCUCCUCAAUCUCUCUUUACACCCCUAAGCUGGUUGAAGUGGUGAAAGAAAGGCCUAAGUGGAAUCCAACUGAGUUUUUCAAGAACAUCCAUCCAAACACCCCUUAUUUCCAUCAGUUACCCUGCAGUUGGGGUGCAGUCUUCUUCCCCAAGCAAUGGAGAGAAUUCUAUGUCUACAUGAACAUGAGAUUCACCGAGGACGCCAAGAAAAACCCAGUUCAAAUACCCAAGUCCAGGACUAAUGGAUGGCAAGCUUCAUGGAAAAAGUUCCUCAUAGACAUGAUGUACCUCAGAGGGUACGUCAGUCUCUAUCCGAACUUCCCGAACCAGGCAAGCUUUUCGACUAAUCAUAUGGAACCCGGGGCACAUAUCAGUGCCAAGGACAAUGUGGUGAAGCAUGACAAGUCAGAUUUUGAGGUGCCAUUGUUGAAGGAAGACUUUAGGAACUUUUUGCCUGGUGGGAAAUUGCCUCCAGCAUCAAGGGUGCCAUCUUUGAACCUCUUCAACCAACCAGUCUCUCUGAAAGGCCUAAAGGCAGCCGGGGCAAAGUUGGGGCAGGAUGUGAUUGGAUGCAAUAAUGCCACAGAGAUAGUGAUGGUUGAUCAUCAAACAGGUCUGCCAUCGAGGUGUGCCAAAUUUUAAAAUUGAAUUGUUGUUAGUUGAUUAUUCUUUAUUUAUACACAAAAACAAACGUUUUAUGUAAUUUCUGUUUUUUUUUUUUUUCUUCUUUUAAGCUUUAUGUGAGUGGGGUUGGUGCUGAGAACAAUUUGGGUGAGUGGAGGAAAAACAGAAUUUUGGCAAGGGAAAUUGGGAUUGUGUUGCUAAUGUUGUAAUCCAGCCGAAAAUUGGCUUGUAUUUGACUUUGUAAGCAAAGGAAAAGAUUGUUCAAUGAAUGUAAACUCUAGGGUUGAGAUUU